UUCAAUGUUGUGUGGUUUAAUAAUUCGGUUGAUCUUUUUUUGCAUAUAGAGGUUAAUUAACGAUAAUGUGGAAAAGGUUAAAAGCUUUCCUGUGGAUACAAUUGUUCCUUUCCGAGAAAGGUUGAAAAUACUUGGGCGUGUAGCUCAUUUGGAAGAUCUUCCCUUGAGUGCAGCAGAGAAAACACUGAUGCAUAAGUACAACGAAAAGCCUUUGUUUUCUUGUCCUCACCAUGAAUUUUAUUCGUAUAUUAGGUGUUCAAAAACUAAUUUUGGAUGCUAUAAUGUAACGGAGCCGCCUAUAGAUGCGCCUAGAGAUCCAUUGUAUAAAACUGAGAGGGAGAUAAUGAAGGUUUUCUUAACAAAGCAUUAUAGAAAUAGACGCGCAAAUGAUUCAGAGUUUGUGCUUGAUUUUGAAGAAAUCUAUGUUAUUGACUCGAAAUCUAAAUCCAUAACAAGGGCUAAAGUUUUGGUAAGAAAUUUAUUACUGCCUUCAUUGUCAUUUUUAUGUAGGAACAAAGGCACAUGCGUUUUACAUCUUUGGCUAUAUAUUUGGCCAUAUCACUACACAAAUCUAUUCUAAGUAUUUUGAAUCCUUAGACAAUAGUUUUAGGUGUUCCAACUGAAACAACACAAACUCAAGCUACAGGCCUUCUUUAAUCUGUACAUGUCUAAUCCAUAGUACUUGAUGCCCUUUGUGUUGUAUAAAUUCCACUUUCACAAGCAUGAGUCCUACUUUGAAGUGCAAACACAUUUUGGGGGUGCUUUCACCAGAAGCAUUUUCUAAUAAUAGGAUAUGAUAUUACUAUAUUGUACACUGUAAUAUAUAAUAGAGGAACCAAAGAGAGGAAAAUUGAACAGAAAGGAAAAGCGAGUGCUUAGGAAAAUUAGAAU